CCCCACCCCAGCCAUGGAGGAAGCGGACCGGCGGCGGCUGCUUCGCUCCCGGGUGAGGCUGGUGAAGGAGCUGCGGCUGGAGCCGCUCUGGGCGCCGCUGCUGCGCCGGGGCCUCUUCACCGCCGACAUGAUCGAGGAGAUCCAGUCGGCGGGGACCCGGCGGGACCAGGCGAGGCAGCUGGUGGGCGACGUGGCGACGCGGGGCCGGAGGGCGCUGGGGGACUUCGUGCUGUGCCUGCGGGAGAGCGGCCAGGAGGCGCUGGCGGAGCUGCUGAGCGACGGACGCCGCCCGGAGGGACCCCCCGAGCAGCCCCCGAGGCACCCCGAGGCCCAUCGUCCCCUGCCCGGGAAGGCCCCGCCCCACCAGCCCAGCCAGCCAGACCCCGUCGGAGAGAAACCCAAAAUGGAUUCAGAAAUGGUUUACCCUCUGAAUUCUGAGCCCUGCGGCUACUGUCUCAUCAUCAACAACGUCCAUUUCGACAAAGACACGGAUUUGAAACGUCGCCUGGGCUCCGACAUCGAUCGCCAGAGGCUGGAAAAGAGGUUCCAGGCGCUGCAUUUCGAGGUCUUGACCAAGGAAGACCUUACAGCUCAGGAAAUAGCUCAGGAGCUGCAGAGCCUGGCCGGGCGCGAUCACAGCAGUCUGGACUGCUGCAUGGUGGUCAUUCUGUCGCACGGCUGUGAGAGCUACCACAUCCAGAUUCCGGGCGCCAUCAUUGGGACGGACGGGCAGCGCAUUCCAGUGCAGAAGGUGGUCAGCUAUUUCAACGGCUCCCACUGCCCGAGUCUGAGGGGGAAGCCGAAAUUGUUCCUCAUCCAGGCCUGCGGAGGAGAGGAAAAAGACCAAGGCUUUGAAAUGGAGGCCGACACACCGCCAGGCCGGCGUGAAGGAAACGCCAUGGAGUCAGACGCCACCCCAAUGCCGGGGCCGGGAGGAGACUCCGAUGAGCUUGAUGCCACGGCUAGUCUGCCCACGGACAGCGACAUCUUGGUUUGCUAUCCCACCUUCCCAGGCCACGUCUCCUGGCGGGACACCCAGAGCGGCUCCUGGUUCAUCGAGGCUCUGGAUCAGGUCUUGGCCGAAUAUGCCCACCUGGAGGACUUGCCCAGCAUCCUCACAAAGGUGGGAAACAUCGUCGCUGCCAAAGUUGCAGGACCUUACAAGCAAAUGCCGGGUCACUUCAACUUUCUCCGGAAAAAGUUUUUCUUCAAGGCAUGACAAAAUUUUGGCUGGUUCUUCGCCGGUCUUGGGACGUAUUUCUGGAGAUGUAUUUUUUUCGGGGGGGGGUGGGUGAGAUCUUUAAGGCCCCAUUUUGCCACCUGGUGCCUGUCCAGUGCUGUGUUCCAUGGGAAAGCCCCCAACAGCAGGCAGAGACCCCAGACUCCAAAUGAUCCCCGCCCUCCCCUAUCGGCCAGCCUUUGGAGUUGCAUGGGAACCUUGGCUUAUGGAGUUCUAAUGGAACAAAUCAAUGUGAAUCAAGUUUCUGCUGUUUACAUUUCUCUUCUUCCUCUUUUUGAGAAAUCAAGAUAAUUACAAUGAGAAGGUGCUCUUCGAAAUUGUU